AUGUUUUUUGUAAUAAUUAAGAAUAUAUUUUAUUUCUAUAUUUUGAUACACUCAUUAUUUUCUUUGUUGAUAUUUUAAGAUGAUGAUAAUGAUAACUUUGUAAUAUAAUGUCCAAGAGGAAUUAUUUAUUUGAGGUUAUUUGAAUAAUCAUAUCAAAGAAUUAAUAGCAGGAAUAUUCAAGCCAUUUUUGCCAAUAUUAAUUGAAUUUUUUAUUGGAAUAAUAUAGUGCAAAAUCUAAGGAUUUUAAAUGCUCUUAUAUUAUCAGGAAUAUUGGAAGUUUUUUUAGUUAUUUUGGAAGGAUUAUAAAUCUAUUAUUUAAUUUUAACCAUUAUAUAAGCUUAUAUAAAAGAGUUUUAUUAGAAUAAUAACAAAAUUGUUUUUCAUCUUAGGAUUAAAGUUUUGGAAUGCUUUUUAUUGUAGUGGAAUUGGUUUAUGGAUUUUAUUUGUGAAAAUGUAUAUCAUUUAUUUAAAUCCAUAAAAUGUUGAAAAUUAUUCCAAUGAUUUAUCAGAAUUUAUCUUUAAGAGAUAAUAAGAAAUUUUGGAGAAUUAUUUCUGA